AAAUAAUACAACAACAAUAAAUUGAAAGACAUAAAUGAAGAAAUAAAAUAAACUUAAAAUACAUAAAUAACAAAAUUACUUAGUUAAAUUGUCUAAACAUGAGUGUUGCUAACAAGGGACUUUCGUACGUGUGCGACUCACAGCCGUUCGUGGAGGCAGAGAAUAUAUCACGUUGUCAAACAGACGAAUGUACGGACGAAAGUACUUCCACUGAGCACCAGGUCGGUCUCAGGUCCCGGAAGCCCCAGUUUUCUGGGCCAUGCAGCUUCUUCGUUUCGCUCGUCGGCUACUCCAUGGGGACCUCGGAUUUUUGGAGAUUUCCAUAUCUGGUGUUCCGAAACGGCGGAGGUGCAUUUCUGUUGCCAUUCCUGUUCUUCAUGUUGAUAUGCGGACUACCCCUGAUGUUUUUGGAAGUUUCUACGUCGCAAUUCUCAGGCCGAGGCCCAAUGGCAAUGUGGAACAUGGCGCCAUUUUUUAAAGGAAUUGGUUACACCUUACUGGCGAUCAACAUUGUAAAUAACGUCUACUACAACGUCUUGCGCGCAUGGAUCCUAGAGUAUUUCGUGCAGACCUUUAAAAGUGAACUCCCAUGGGCGUCCUGUGGGCACAGCUGGAACCAGGAUGGGUGCAUACCAAGUAAUGGGCGAUUUAACAAUGCCACAAUCCAGCAGACUGCUAAUGGUUCUCAAAUGACUUCAGCUGAACAGUUCUGGCAGUACAACGUGUUGCAGUUAUCUCCCGGGCUCGGCCACAUAGACGGCAUACUCUGGAAUUUUGUACUGUACGUGUUCAUAUGGCGGACACUGGUGGCCAUCUGCAUGGUGAAGGGCAUUAAAUCUAUUGAAAAGGUAAUGUACGUGACCGUGUUCCUGCCCAUCAUUCUGAUGCUGGGGAUCUGGGCUCGAGCCCUUAUGCUGAAGGGAUCCGUACAAGGAAUGCUGUACUACAUCACACCGACAUUCGACAGAAUCACAGACAUACAGGUGUGGAUAGAGGCAGCCAUGAUGGCGACAUAUACACUGGGCCCAGGAUGGGGAACAAUUCCGAUGAUUGCAAGUGAAAACAGUUUCCAUGGCAACACGAUAAAAUACUCUAUCUUGGCCACUCUCUGCGACUUCUUGUCUGCGGUCUUCAACGGCCUCAUCUGCUUCUCCAUUCUCGGGGUCAUGGCGCAUGACAGCGGCCUUGACCUGGAAAACACCGUCACAUCCGGUCUGUCCCUCGGCUUCACAGUGUACCCUACCGCGUUUACGUACUUCCCACUACCGCAGCUGUGGUCAGCCAUCUUCUUCAUUAACCUCAUCUUUGUGGGACUUGAUGCUCAGGUUCUUUCCACACAGACGCUCAUGAACUGCCUGCAGGAUUUAUGCCCCACGUGGUUCGUAGGCAAGAGACGCUUGAUUCUGGUAGUGCUUAUCAACAUUUUGGCGUUUCUCGUCUCGAUACCGUUUUGCACACGGGGCGGGAUGUACAUAUUCCAGCUGCUGGACUGGUACGCCGCCGCGUGGACGCUGUUGUUCGUGUGCCUGGUCGAGUGCAUCGUGUUUUCGUGGGUAUACGGCUCUUCACGGAUAAGUCGCGAUCUGGAAAUAAUGCUCGGGAGGCCGAUGCCAGUAAUUCUCAGAGUCUUGGGCUCCUUCGUCACUCCGACUGCCAUGCUGAUACUUCUGUGCAUCUCAUUCAGUCGGUAUCGUCCGCCCACGUACGGCCAGUAUGUUUAUCCGGCGUGGGCCGAGGCCCUGGGGUGGUCCCUUGCCUUCGCCAUCAUAUCGCCUAUAGUCAUCGUGUUUUUCGUGCGACUGGCGCAAGCCGACGGCUCCAUUAUUCAGAAGUUGAAGUCAUUUAAUGUACCGUCAGAUAUUUGGGGACCGAGUGAUAAAAACGCUGCAGAAAAAUACGACAACGACGAGGCGUCACCUACGCUGAUCUCGACGUUUCGUUUCAAUGCGGUUGGAAAAAGAACCAAAACGCAAAGCUUGGAAAACAACCAAGAAAUGUCGGAACAAAAGAAAUUCAUAAGAACCUGAAAUGAUUGUGCUUUAGCAUUUCAUUCCUAAUUGAAUAAGAUGUUCACCUGACCCAUUAACCCAUUUAUGCCUAGCGUCUAGAAAAAAAGGCAUUGGCAAACAGCGUAUACCCAGAUGAGACGCCGCAUGAUGCGGCGUCUCAUCAGGGUCUGCGCUGUUUGCUUAAAGGAAUUUCUGUAUGAAAUAUUCUAAAUAUAGAAAUAAAUAUACUAGACAUCCCUAAUUUUGGAAAUAAAUUUAUCCAAAUUAGAUGGAUGGGAGAGUUCACUAGGCAUUACUGGGUUAAUCAAUUAUUUUCAGCAAAUACGUUUUGAAACGUUGCAGGUUUAAAUAACGAUUUAUAAUGUUGUUUUUUGAAUCUAUUUGAAUGAGUGUUCUGUUUUGUGAACAUAUAGAAAUAUUGUACAUGUACUGUGUUAAAUAUUAUUACUUUUAUAUUGCUAUGAACGAGACUGUAUGCAUAGUUAAUCGAAACAUAACCAGUAUAUAACCUAAAGAAUUUUCCUCAAGUAGGUCGUGUUUAUUGUUUACCGUUGAUGCAUUCCGAGACUUACAUAAUUGUUGCUGACAUUCAAGUAAUGAAAGCAUAAUGAGGUUUGUUCUAAACAAACUUGAUAAACCAACUUGUCAUUCAAAGUAGAUUUCACUUGUUAUAAAUAUUUUCUGGACCAACGUGCAUAAAGUUUUUUUUAAUAAUAUCUAGGUUACAUACACUCGGUGGUUGCAGACAAGAAUGGUUCACAUAAUCUAAUAAACCAAAUCUUUCCUAUAUACAAUAAACAUGAUAAAUAACAAGUUAUAAGUUCCUUGUAAAGAAAAUGAAGAAACUAUGUUACAUAUAUUCAGAGAUAUACAAAGAGAAUUGUAAAUUAUAUUAUUGAAUUUCUAGUGUAAUAUAAUGUACACAAAUGAAA